GCGAUCUAUCGAUGUUUGUCCGUAGUGGGUAACCCACUAGAAUGCUCAUGUGCAACUUUUCUUUACGACCUUCAUUAUAGGAGUUAUUUGUGAGAAUCUUACGUCGCCUUUUGUAGAAAAUAUUGAAGUCUCUCGCACUGAACUUCUGUGAUUUACCGUUCAUGUUACUUUUUAUUAACGAGCGAACGAAUACACGACUGAAAUUUCAGGCAUUGCACCUGGAUUUAUUAUUCAUAAUUAAACGACGUGGCUUUGAUUCAAUCGGGUUUCGAAUAAUAGCAUUUAAGCCCAUAAUGCUUUUUAAAUCAGCGUUAUGGUUGACACACAUUCUGGAUUAUUCUCAGCUGUAAGCGAUAGCACAAUGUCACCCAUCGCCCGGCCACAUCGGUCGUACGAACGCCCUCCGCCUGUAGGGGACGUGUAUGUGCGCAAAGAGAGACAGGAACUCCGCAGGAAGCGAACCAUCAAAGAACAACGGCGACGACCGCUGCCUCGUUGGAGCUAUGAUUCUCUGGAGGGAACGUGUGUUUCUGAAUGGCUCAUGUGGACAUCAGAUUUGAUGUGGGGUGUUUGGUCCUGGGCCGUCCAGAUGGCAGGAGGGGUCGUAAACGAAUUGGUUCGUAUUGUUGUGCCACCUGGGACUGACGCGCGACAGUCAUCUGCUCGACACGUAACCUCGCGUCAAUAUGACGCAUUUCAUAGAAAUCUCUUGGAUGAACGCCUGAUGAACCGCGUUAGUUCGCCGCCGGAUGUUAUCAUAAAUGUUGAAAGAAACCACAGUGCAACUUUUGACCGUAGAUCUUCACUGCCUGCUACAUGCAAACGUGGUUUCAUCAAGGCUGCUCCUCGAACCGAGGUGUCAAUGUCCUCAGGUCAACCAAGUGCCUCUGUGAGCAAAACGACUGCCCUAGCCGCAAGUACAACAACAACAGGCGCCAAUAAGGACUCAGUUGUGCGCAGCAUAGCUGACUCGAAGGAUGCGUUCUGCAAUGGCUCUCAUUAUCAUCUUAACCCUAAAGCCUCCUAUUCCGGUUUAAGUUAUAAGACUAAUGGAAAUAUUAUCGAUAGUUUACCCAGUGCUGUUCACGAGCAAUCUGUUGAUCUAUCUGUGACUGGUUUAGAAUUGGAAGAGCAUUUUCCUUACAUAGAUGAGGGACCUGCACUCAGCAAGGAUGAGUCAUUGCGCCAAAACGCUGAUCACGUGCUCGCUGCAAUGCGGGGUUUUACUUCAGUUCAGUGUGAAAUGUUAAGGGCAAUACGAGAAGCGAAGAGAGCGACCAGUAGCUUGACCACGCCUAAAGCUCCACGUGACCGCUGUCUCAGCGUAUCUUCAGUCACCAGUGGGGACAGCCUUCCUUCUAUGUCGUCUCUAGACAAAUUUUUGGCUUCUUCUAGUUGUACCUCGACUGUAGGUUCCUUGCCCAGCUCUCGAGUGAGUUCUCGCAAUCCAAGUCCUUCUGUAUCAAGCAUUACAGCGAAUAAUAUCAGUGAUACGGACGACUCGUCUGUGUGUCGAGAGUCAACACCCGUCCUCGAUGAACAAGUCGAACCAAACAUUGAAAUUUUAAGCCACUUUGACGUCGCUGAUAUCGAGCAACCGUCAGUCAUUCAGUGGAGUGGUUUCGUGUCGGAUUCUGGGGUGGUUCAUAUGAGAGAGAAGAAAACUCCUACAAAUGCUCAGAGACCAUGGUCUUUUGACGUUAGCUUUUUAAGCGAGUCGAGCACGCAUGCGAAAAAAAUGUAUAUUUACGAACCUCGGAAACUAUCUAAUAGAGAGACUCUGAUUAGUCUGCCGAAGCCGUCUUCAAAUCACACCCGUGUACGACCAACUACUUUGCAACUUGAAGUUGAUUAUGAAACCGAUAUUAAAUCAAGUUCUACAAACGACAGAAGUGAUGAGAACGACUUGACACUCAAUUCCCAGGAGGAUGAGAUUCUUUCAAUGUUCAGUACCAUAACCGAUAAUUUGACACGGCCAAAACAAAUAAUAUACGACGAAACUCUGCCAGAUUUCAAAGAAAGGGUAAACGGGACAAACCUUGCUGAAGAUCGAAUCCGUAAGUGCGAUGAAACCUCUUUAAGUAUUGAAUCUGCUCCAGUUACACCCCUGGAUAUCCCGAUAUUUUUAAGUAGCUGUGAAACGCGCUUGAACGAUUGUUCGUGCGACAACGCGAGCUGUGAGAUAGAGUCCCUGGCGACAAGUUGUGAGUACGAAUCAAUGGAAGAAAGUUUUUCUUCAUCAAGUAUACGUUUGUUGACGGUGAAGCCUGUAAGGGAGAGCAGCAGUUCGGUUGACGGUCGUACCUGGCACGACCUGUCUGACGACGAGGAGAGCACAGCUGUUCCGUGUGUCACUCCUCCGUCGUCACUGCCCUCGCCUGCAGCCGAUGUCCUUCCUAAGAUUGACAUUACUGCUCUCAAAGGAGAGAUUAUGGCCCUCAAGCGGGAGAUAAUUGCCAGAAAAGGUGGAGGUGCUCCUAUUUUGCAGUCUCCCCAAGAAAAUCAGACUCAAUUCCCCAUCAAUUCGUUCGUUUCGUCCGUAGAAGAUAUCGGCAGCUUGAGGAGUGAAAUAAGUGCCCUCAAGCAGGAUUUCUUGUCAUUGCUUGAUGACAAUGCUAAAUGCAGUUUAAAAGCAGCUUGUAAAAAAUCAAAGUACAAAUAUUCGGGAAAGGCUAUAAGUAUCGAUAGUGUCGAUGACAUAAUUAAACCUAAGUCAACAGUCCUCGAUAGAAUUUGUUCUCUCGACCAAAAAAGUGUUUCGGACGAUGAAGAUGGCUUCUUUUUCUCUUGCAAGCAAUCCAAGUGGAACUUUGAGGAAAAAAUUGACAGUAAUAACAAGCAGUCUCCCGUUUGGUAUCGAUCUCCGAACUUGAAAAGGUGUCAAGGUUUCGUUUCUCAAUGCGAGUUCGACGCACGACAGUUAUCGCCGGGGACGGUUUCAGACGUGGCAUUACCAACGGUCCAGCCUUCGGCCGCGUCUUCGUUUUCACUACGCCAGCAAGUGCCAUAUUCUGCACUCAUGGCACCUACCAUCCCUUCUCACGAACGCUUCUGUCCUGCUGCACUGCGACGCCUCACUGAAAUGAUGCGAACACCUGAUAACGAUGAACAAAAUUCACCCAUCGACAGCGAUAGUUCACAAGACGACGACCAUCCUUAUUCUAGUGACGAUGGUUUUGCUAGUGAUGGCGACAGCGAUUGUGAAGACGUUGAACUACCGUGUAGCGUUGAAAGAGUUCUAUAUGGUUUGGAAGCUUCGCCUUUCAAGAUACUGGAUAAUAGGACGGAUAUUCGCGACCGUGAUGUUGAGGAAGAAGAGGAGGAGGAGGAGAUCCUCGGCUCCGACGAUGAGGAGCAGGAGGAUUCUAAGGACUACUGCAAAGGUGGCUACCACCCGGUGAUGAUAGGCGACCUGUUCUACAACAGAUACCACGUCAUCAGGAAGCUGGGCUGGGGACACUUCUCCACAGUUUGGCUCUGCUGGGAUAUGCAGGCCAAAAGAUUCGUAGCUUUGAAGGUUGUGAAGAGCGCCUCGCACUACACCGAGACUGCACUCGACGAAAUAAAACUUCUAAAAUGCGUGCGCGAAGCAGACGACCACGAUCCUAAGCGCGACAAGACCGUGCAGCUUUUGGAUGAUUUUAAAAUCACGGGCGUGAACGGCACGCACGUGUGUAUGGUCUUCGAGGUGCUCGGCCAUAACCUCCUUAAAUUCAUCAUCCGCUCAAACUAUCAGGGCAUCCCCCUCGCCAACGUUAAGAACAUCACAAGACAGGUGCUAGAAGCGCUGGACUACCUCCACACAAAGUGUCAGAUCAUCCACACUGACAUCAAGCCAGAGAACAUUUUAAUGUGCGUCGACGACACCUACAUCAGGAGGCUGGCCUUUGAAGCCACCCAGUGGCAGAAGAUGGGCCUCAAACUGCCUGGCUCGCUAGUGAGUACCGCUCCAAAGCAUUUUAAUCAACCGGAUCCCAAUGCCAAAAUAUCUAAAACUAAACGGAAGAAAAUCAAAAAGAAAGCAAAAGUGAAGCAAGCGCUGUUAGAGAAGCAAAUCAAAGACCUGGAGGAACUUGAGGAACGUGAAACUAGGAUGGCUUUGGCUGCCUGUACGCUGACUGAUGGGCCUUCUCUGCCUGACCAAGAGUCUCCCCUGGCCAGCACCACUAACGGCGACUGCUUUCCUCCGAUUUGUGACGCCAGUGACGCUGGUCAGAAAACAAUUAUGAACAGCAACGAGGAGAGUAAUGGCGCCAAACACGCUGAGGGAGAGCGACCUCACAAGGCCAGCGUCAAGAUCAUCAUGAACGAUGAAGAUCCCGUCAGAAAUGAUGGCUCUGAUGAGCAUGACGACGAGAGUUCUGACCAUCCCAUGCUACGCUCCAAUCUCUACAAGGGCGCUAACAACGCGAGCUUUGACGAAGCUGCUCAGCAGAAACUCGAGCACCGCAAGAGUCUGGCUGAGAUGUGCGAAGCUGACGUCACUCCCGGCGGUGCCGUUGGCCUCAACCUCGACCCUAUGAUGAACGGCCACAAUCCUGGCACUGCACGUCCGCACCUCGGACGCUCCGAGUCUGAAAUCACUCCUGAUCUCAGGAUAGCUCAUGAUCAGCAUGUUGAGGGUGCGACUAGUGAUGCAACCGAAGGGCUGUCUGGCGCAGAGGGCGGCAAGGGAGGCUGUAGCGACGGUCUUGGCAACAGCUCGGCCGGCAUGCGUCGAGUAGCUUCGUGUCCCGACCAUAAGGCUCUAGAAACUAUGCCUGAUCCCGUCACUGAAGUGUGCGAUUUGCAGGUUAAAAUUGCAGAUCUCGGCAACGCUUGCUGGGUAGACCAUCAUUUUACCGAAGAUAUCCAGACAAGGCAGUAUAGGUGCCUAGAAGUUCUUUUAGGUGCAGGCUACGGCACUCCUGCUGACAUUUGGAGUACUGCAUCUAUGUCGUUCGAGUUGGCGACUGGUGACUAUUUGUUCGAGCCGCACUCUGGUGCAGAGUACAGCCGAGACGAAGAUCACCUGGCGCAUAUCAUCGAACUACUUGGAGAAAUUCCUCGAUCCAUUGCACUGUCUGGCAAAUACUCCAGAGAAUUCUUCGAUAAGAAAGGUGAACUACGACACAUUAGCAAACUGAGACCUUGGGGACUCUAUGAAGUGCUCACUGAAAAAUACGAGUGGCCUGAUGAAGAAGCACGCGCCUUUGCCGAUUUUCUACUUCCUAUGCUCGAAUUUGACCCUAGCAAAAGAGCGACUGCCGCUGAGUGUCUCAAGCAUCCUUGGCUCAACUCUUGAAAAUCUCAAAUUAGUGUUCUUGGCUGGUUGGCCGCAAUUCAUGAUGAGGCAGGGGCGAGAGAUUGCUGUGUUCGUGAGUCGUACGUCACUAUAGAUCGCAGAACAGCAAAAUAUACUUUGCGGCAUUUCGGUUAGGUUUUCUCAGUAUGCAUGUUCAUCUUAAUCCAUGAUUAUGGAAUUGAAACAAUGCUACGGUAAUGAUAAGAAAAAGUGAGCUCGGAGGAAAAACUGAAUUCGAUAGGUCUCGAGGCUAUUGCAUUGUCCUCGUUCGUAUUCCAUGAUUGUUUUUCGUUGCAGUUGCUAGGAGCAAAUGUACGUUUUUCUGGUAUCACCGAUCAACCGCCUUAUUGUAUAACAUUUAGCCUUUU